GAUUGCGUCAUUGCGUAAGUGGAAACGGGAAGAGCCAAAAUGGCGCCUUCCACGGUUGAACUGCUGUUAUUUGUUUGUUUGUCAUUAUUUUCUCUUGGGGAUAGUGUUUCCACUUUUCUGUCCGAGCCUUGUUACAAACCGAUCACAGACGGCAGACCGGCGUUUGUCAGGACAUACGCCCGGCCGCAUGAAUAUGUAAAGGUGAAGGAUCUUCCUACGUCGUGGGACUGGAGGAACAUCAAUGGGACAAAUUAUGUGAGCGUCACGAGGAACCAGCACAUCCCGCAGUACUGUGGCUCCUGCUGGGCCAUGGGAUCCACUAGUGCGCUAGCCGACCGGAUCAACAUCAAGCGUGGAGGAGCGUGGCCCUCGGCCUACCUGUCCGUCCAGAACGUGAUAGACUGCGGGAGGGCGGGCUCUUGUUAUGGAGGAGAUCACAUUGGAGUCUACGCUUACGCACACAAGCACGGCAUCCCUGAUGAAACCUGCAACAACUACCAGGCCAAAAACCAAAAGUGCGAGCUGUUUAACCAGUGUGGAACGUGCUCCUUCUUCAAGACGUGCGACGUGGUGAAGAACUACACUGUGUGGAAAGUGGGAGACUACGGAGACGUUUCAGGAAGAGAUAAGAUGAAGGCGGAGAUAUUCACCAACGGGCCCAUCAGCUGUGCCCUGAUGGCGACCAGCGGCCUGGAGGCGUAUUCGGGAGGGGUUUUCUCCGAGUUCCACCCCCUCUCUUUGCCGAAUCACAUCAUAUCUGUGGCUGGGUGGGGCUUGGACGAAGAGGGCACCGAGUACUGGGUGGUCAGGAACUCCUGGGGAGAGUUCUGGGGGGAACACGGCUGGGCAAGAAUAGUCACCAGUGCCUACAAAGAAGGAAAAGGCAACUGGUUCAACCUGGGUAUCGAGAAAAACUGUGCGUACGGAGACGUUAUUGUAACAGAAGUGCCAAAUUAAACUUACUGACCCCAAGUUUUCUCUUGUUUUGGUCUAUUCAUUUAAAUAAUUGGGAAAAUUAGGGGAAAAAAAGGGGGAAAUAAUAAUAAUUAUAAUCAUAAAAAUAUAUAAAGAUGAACGAAUCCUUAAUGACGUCAGUCAUAGGAUUCAUAAAGAGAGGUUUUGAAGCUCAGUGUGGUGCCUGACUCCAAUUAACUCCAAGCUCAUUUUAAAAAGAAAAAUGGAAAAGAGGUGGUUAUAGGCGAUAGCUAGCAACCUGGGAGGACAUUCACCUGUCACUCAAACCCAGCAUGAAUUCGAUUGGCCGAAAAAUUAAGUGCCAAAAUCUGCAGUUCCUCAUGUGGCCACUUGAGGCUGGCUCCAAAAGUGAGUCCAUCUCUAUAGAUUUCUAUUUUUUAGUCUGUGUCCCAACCUCAUAGCAGAGAUAAACAUGUUUACAGCCUAGAACAAACCAAAAAAACAAAACAUUCUUGGUCUUUGUAGCUAUUUUUUUUUUUUUUAUCCCAUUUGCACGACAUGUGGGUGCAAUCAGAGUUUUAACCACAACAUCAGUGGUCGUGGGGACUGAGUCAUUUUGCUUUAAGUGGUCAUUUGAGGAACUGCAUUUUUUAAUACAAACAUAUAUAAACGGUUUAAUUCACAUAAAAACCACUGCGUGUUUGGUUUUUGCACAGAAUAAAAGAAUGUUUGACACGUUUA